AUGGCCAACCUCCUGGAACCAGCCAGACCGUAUUCAUUUGGAUGGGAGUCCCAGCUUCUGGAAACAGGGUUCCUGGGGAUUUUCCUGUGCCCUCUUUGGACUCUGUCUCGACUGCCCAGGGAGACCCCCACAUCCUGGAUUGUUCUGUGGGGCUUUCGGUGGUUGAUUUUCAGAAUCAUGCUUGGAGCAGGCCUGAUCAAGAUCCGGGGGGACCAGUGCUGGCAAGACCUCACCUGCAUGGACUUCCACUACGAGACGCAGCCGGUGCCCAACCCCAUGGCCUACUUCCUGCACCACUCCCCGUGGUGGGUCCAUCGCUUCGAGACACUUAGCAACCAUUUCCUGGAGCUCGUGGUGCCCUUCUUCAUCUUCCUCGGGCGGCGGAUGUGUGUCCUUCAAGGCGCCUUACAGAUCCUGUUCCAGGUGGUCCUCAUUGUUAGCGGGAACCUGAGCUUCCUGAACUGGCUGACCAUUGUUCCCAGUGUCGCCUGCUUCGAUGACGCCACCAUCGGGUUCUUAUUUCCCUCUGGGCCUGGCAGCCUCAAGGACCAAGUCCUAAAGAUGCAGAAGCAGGAAACCCGGGAGGCCCGGCCUAUGCUGACGUACGGCUGCCUGGCGCGACAGGCGGCCAACCUGGCACUGGGCAUCCUGAUCGCCUGGCUCAGCAUCCCCGUGGUCCUCAACUUGCUGAGCCCCAAGCAAGUCAUGAACAGCUCCUUCAACCCCCUCAGAAUUGUCAACACAUAUGGAGCCUUUGGAAGCAUCACCAGGGAGCGAACAGAGGUCAUCUUGCAGGGCACAGCCAGCCCCAACGCCAGCGCACCAGACACCGUGUGGGAGGACUAUGAGUUCAAGUGCAAGCCAGGCGACCUGAGGAGACGGCCAUGCCUCAUCUCCCCCUACCACUACCGCCUUGACUGGCUCAUGUGGUUCGCGGCCUUUCAGACCUACGAGCAACACGAGUGGGUCAUCCACCUGGCGGGCAAGCUCCUGGCCAACGACGCCGAGGCUCUGUCCCUGCUGGCCCUUAACCCCUUUGCAGACAGGGCCCCCCCCAGGUGGGUCAGGGGAGAGCACUACCGGUACAAGUUCAGCCGCCCCGGGGGCCUGCACGCUGCGGAUGGCAAGUGGUGGAUCCGGAAGAGGAUCGGCCCCUACUUCCCUCCGCUCAGCCUCCGGGACCUGAAGGACUACUUUAGAUCAAGGGGGUGGCCGUACCCAGAACUGGAAUAGAGGGGUCCAGGCCCAGUGCUCUGAGAAAUAAA